GUUUGAAACAGUUUCAGUCCGAGGCGGCUCGAUGCGUGUUGUCCGGACGGACCGCAGCUGCAGCGCGUUGCUGUUUGUUGCUCCGCCCUCGGCUGCUCUCUCCUGCGCCCUCGGUCCGCUCGCUGCGCUGCGCCGCGCCUCCAGGCAGCAGAGCAGAAGCGUCGCUCGGAGCAGCAGGGAGGCUGCAGCGCAGCGCACGUCAGUCCGCUUCAACACGCCGCUACUACCGCUGGGUUUAAAACGCCGGCGCCCACGUUCAGGUUGGGGGAAAGACAGUUAGAAGCUUCUGCGCCGAGGAUUUUGGUUUUUUUAUAUAAAGAUUUUUGGAAGGCGGGUUGGCUGCUGCGUUUCUCUCCGCGGUCCCCGGGACAGCCAGGCGGGCAGGCAGGCAGGCGAAGGUGAUCCCGCUGUCCUGCGUCCGGCUGCCGCGUUGAGCCAUGGCGCUCCAAGCCAGAGUGAUCUACGACUUUAACUCGGAAAACCCGGGGGAGCUGUCGGUGAAGGAGAGCGAGAUCCUAAGUUUGGUGAGCGACCAGGACAUAGACGGCUGGCUGGAGGGCUCCAACAGCAGAGGGGACCGCGGGCUGGUCCCCGCCUCUUACGUGGAGAUCCUGGGGAGCAACAGCACCUCCGCGGAGAGCCGCUACUCCAACGUCCCGGCCGUGGGCUUUGACCAUCUCCAGAACUUCUCCCAGCCUCCUCCUGCGGGGUUGCCCGCUUACGCAGCGCCUCUGCAGCAGCAGCAGCAGCAGCAGAACAACAACAAGCAGCACAGCCAAGGCAGCGACGACGACUGGGACGAUGACUGGGACGACAGCUCCACCGUGGCAGACGAGGCAGGGACGGUGGGAGGAAGGUACCUGGACUCUGAGGGCGCCUCCACCUACAGGGUGACGACCUACGCGGGCCAGAGAGGCAACGCGAUCCAGACGAAGAGCUCAGCCACGGUGGGCAGGAACCUGAACAGGUUCUCCACCUUUGUCAAGUCAGGAGGAGAGGCGUUCGUGCUCGGGGAGGCGUCGGGCUUCGUGAAGGAUGGGGACAAGAUCUGCGUGGUUAUGGGACCGCACGGUCCCGAGUGGCAGGAGAACCCUUACCCCUUCUCCUGCACCAUCGACGACCCCACCAGGCAGACCAAGUUCAAGGGGAUGAAGAGCUACAUCUCCUACAAGCUGACCCCCACGCACACCCAGAACCAGGUGAGCAGGCGGUACAAGCACUUCGACUGGCUCUACGGGCGCCUGGCGGAGAAGUUCCCGGUCAUCUCGGUGCCACACCUCCCCGAGAAGCAGGCCACGGGCCGCUUCGAGGAGGACUUCAUCUCCAAGAGGAGGAAGGGCCUCAUAUGGUGGAUGAACCACAUGACCAGCCACCCCGUCCUGUCCAAGUGCGACGUCUUCCAGCACUUCCUGACCUGCACGGACGAGAAGGCCUGGAAGCAGGGGAAGAGGAAGGCCGAGAAGGACGAGCUGGUGGGCGCCAACUUCUUCCUCACCAUCAGCCCGCCGCCCGCUCCCCUGGACUUCCAGGAGGUGGAGAGCAAGAUCGACGGCUUCAAGACGUUCACCAAGAGGAUGGACGACAGCGCCAUGCAGCUCAACGCCACCGUCAGCGAGUUCGCCCGCAAGCAGAUGGGCGGCUUUAGGAAGGAGUACCAGAAGGUGGGGAUGUCGUUUAAAGCUCUGAGCCAGGCCUUCGAGAUGGACCAGCAGACGUACUCGUCAGGUCUCAACCUGGCCAUCUCCUUCACCGGAGACGCCUACGAAGCGAUCGGAGAGUAUUUCUACGAGCAGCCCGGCAAAGACCUGGACCCGGUUAUGGAUUUAUUAGCUCUUUACCAAGGUCACCUGGCUAACUUCCCAGAUGUCAUCCAUGUCCAGAAAGGAGCCCUGACGAAGGUGAAGGAGAGCCAGAAGCACGUGGAGGAGGGCAAGAUGGACAGGGCGCAGGCAGACGGCAUCAACGACCGCUGCAACAUCAUCUCCUGCGCCACGCUGGCCGAGAUCCAGCACUUCCACCACAUCCGUGUGCGAGACUUCAAGGCGCAGAUGCAGCACUACCUCCAGCAGCAGAUCGCCUUCUUCCACAAGAUCACGGGCAAGCUGGAGGAGGCCCUGCAGAAGUACGACAACGUGUAGCGGACCGCUCCGCCGGCUUCGUCUCUGGACGACCGUGGCGCUCACGGGAUUGGCCAGUGGGAUUAUUCGGCUAGAAUGGGCGGCACCCCCCAGGGAGACUGCUGGGAGCUUCUUUUAGAUCAAGAAGGGGACGCAAAAUGGCUUGCAUUUUUGUCCAUGAAGCUCGGACACGUGGUUUUUUUUGUUUUGUUUUUUGGGAGGGUGGGGAAAUUAGGCCAGUUAUCACUGCAAACACAGUUGCCUAGAUUUUUAUAAGGAUCGACAAAAAUGAAAGUGCUGCUGCUGUUUGGAUCCAUCGUGGAAACACGUAUAAGCAGCACGAAGGAAGAGCCAAAAGAGAAGGCCGUUUUCACUGUUGCCUACACAUCUGGUGCAAGAGUUGCUACAUCAGGAGAUUUUAGCCUUACAGCACAGUUUUUUUAAACAUUUUUGUUCAAACUGACUGCCUUUCCAGGAGCAGCGACACUUUCCAGGAGCGGCCAACACACUGCCUUCAGGAAACACUCCAUGAAUAUUUAUUCAGACGAACAGGACAACAUGUUGUUUACAGCCUCCUGCUGUUUUGCUGUGCCUUCUAAAUACGUCUCUCUGGUCAUUUUCGUUACUUUAUUCCUAAUAACUCUUAUGAACUGAUAAUGUAGAGAUAAUCUAUUUGUUUUUACAAGGUUGCAACCUGUAAAUUAAAAUCCUAACUAUCGAUUUGUGCCAUUUCUUUUUUUUUUUCUUCUUUUCUAAAUUGUUGCAGGAUUAGAUUUUUAAUACGGGGAUACCCUGCUCACAGCAAGCACUAAGGUCCUGCUUCAGCAUGCACAAUUGCGAGGACAACGAGAGUAAACACUUUUGCGACACCCGAUGUCUGUAUUUGUGUCGGCAAGUUGUCGGUUUGAACGCUCAGCGUUGGGUUAACAGAAGCAGGCGGCCACGAGUAGAGGGUUUCUCACCAGUUUUUUAUAAUGCAGACAUUUUACAGCAGAGUUACUGAUUUUUAAAAUGUUAUGAUGCCAGUUGGUUGCGUCAAGAAGUUAUGAUUGUAGAUAAGAUGCUAAUUAAAUUUAUCCUCCACAGAAACAUG